AUGUCCCAGCUGCGCCCACUUUCCCAGAGGCAGCGCCCACUAUCGGGCAUCGAGGUGACGACACGCGGCGAGGAAGCGAGCGAGGAGGCGAGCGAAUCCACCUGUUCCGGCGCCUCGAUGGUGUCGGACGACAGCCACGGCCGUCUGGGCGUCGUGAGCACGGCGCUCCUGCUGGUCGCUGACUGUGUCGGCACCGGCGUCCUCGGCCUCCCCGCGGAGGUGGAUCUGCUCGGACCGCUCGGGUUGCUCUUCCUCGCGCUGCAGAUCCCCGUCAACGCGUACGUCGGAGGCCUGCUCAACGCGGCCGCCACCCGCGUGGACGACGGGACCCGGCCGCAGCAGGGCGGCGCGACGGCAAACAUCCUGCAGCUGACGCGCGCGCUCUUCGGCGCCGGCUCGGGCGCCGCUCGGGCGACGGCCGCCGCGUGGUACCUCAACCUCUUCCUCGUGCUCGGCAACUACCUCGUCGUGAUGGGCUCCGCCGUGCAGGCGCUCGCCGGGGGGCUCUGCGCCUACCAGGCGUCGAAGCUGCUGCUCAACAUCCGCGCGGAGAUGCGCGAGCCGGCGAGGGCGGACGCGGCGCUGCGGCUCGCUCUCGCGCUGUACGGCGCCAUCUACCUCGCCGUGGUCCUGCUGUGUGGCCCCUCGCCGCCCGGCCUGCUGCUGGACGCGUGGCUGCUGCUGACGACGGCGGUGACGGCGCUGGCUUGGGUGGUUGCCAACGCGGUCCCGUUCUUCCAGGAUUUGGCGCCGCUGACGCUGCUGCUGCCGGCGCUGCUCUAUCGGCGGGCUGCGUGGCCGCUGAACCGGUCGCGCAACACGGGCAGUGCAGCCGUGGUCGUCGUCUCCGCGGCCCUCGUCGCCUACGGCACUCUCGGCGCCGUCGGCAACAUCAUCAGCGAUUGGCACAACCACGGCACCCCCUUCUCGUGCGCGUUGCCGCCGGCAGCCCCGCCGCCACCGCCGCCGGCCUACCUCGAGCGCUGGCAUCGGCGGGCGCUUCGAGCGCCGCCGGCGCCUCACACGCGAGCCAGGCGCCGCGAUACGCUUUUGCGGGCGCAACACAGCGACGUCGUGGGUGACGCCGAUCCGCCCGCAAGCUGA